AUGGAAGCUGUCAAUAACCUACCAGCUCAAUGUGAGCACCCAGAGGCAGCUUCUAUAUCCAAACAUGACCGUGGUUGGCGUCGAGUUAUUCGCAAUUUCACUCCCGCCUGGUUUUCUGUGAACAUGGGAACAGGAAUUGUUUCAAUCUUGCUCAACACUUUGCCUUACAAUGGUAGAUGGCUAUAUUAUCUUUCCAUCAUCGUUUUCGUCUUGAACGUGGUUUAUUUUACGAUCAUCUUGGCCAUCACGCUUCUACGCUAUAUACUCUAUCCGGAGAUCUUCAGAGUCAUGAUUACCCACCCCGUACAGUCGCUAUUUCUGGGCACGUUUCCCAUGGGUCUUGCAACAAUUAUCAACAUGUUCUGCUUCGUCUGCGUCCCCGCGUGGGGUGACGGAGCGGCUUACUUCAUAUGGGCAAUCUGGAUCUUUGACGCCGUGGUGUCAGUGCUGGUCGCUAUCGGGAUUCCCUUCUUGCUGACUACGAGUCAGAAGACUUUUGACCUUUCGUCAAUGACGGCUGCCUGGCUCCUGCCGAUUGUCUCGUGUGUUGUCGCGGCUGCAUCGGGGGCGAUUGUAGCGGACAUCUUGCCGAAUGUACACCUAGCUCUAGCGACCAUCUUGGCUAGCUAUAUUCUGUGGGGAAUUGGGGUUCCUCUGGCACUCAUGGUUAUUUGCAUUUAUCUGCAGCGCCUGAUGUUCUACAAGCUCCCGCCCAAGGCGAUGCUCGUCAGCGUUUUUCUUCCUCUCGGUCCUCUUGGCCAGGGUGGAUUUGGUAUUCAAAAACUCGGCAAAGUUGCACAAACAGUCUUUCCCAAGACGAAUACUCUCAGUGCUACCACGGGAGAUGUCUUUUACAGUGUUGGAUUCUUAAUCGGGAUCUUACUGUGGGCAUUCGGCCUGGUUUGGCUUACCUUUGCCGUGACCACGUUGAUCACAACGAGGGAAUUCCCGUUCAACAUGGGAUGGUGGGCGUUGACUUUCCCCCUGGGAGUCUUCACCACUUGUACUUGUACUAUGGGCAACGAGCUCCCUUCGCGAUUCUUCUCGGUACUUGGCACAAUAUUCUCCGUCUCGGUCGUCUUGUUGUGGCUUUUGGUCAGCUUCCACACAUUCCGAGGUAUCGCCCGCGGCGAUCUCUUUGUUGCCCCAUGCCUUAAAGACCUGGGAAAUGCAAAGGUUCGAUCUGGAGAGAAGGUAUGA